ACGCAGGAAGGUAUGACUAUUUCCUUUGAAUUCCCGCAUUUUUGUAUCAUUAUUUUGUAGAAAGUGUCAAUGUCGCGUGGAAUGCUGAAGAAAUCUGAACGUUUUGUCUGGUUAAAGUAAAAUAAGCAUUUAAUUGGCCACUUUAUUCCGUAAUUGAAUGGUACGUCCGUGUUGCCGAUACCUGAAAAGGAAUCGACGUGUCAUACCUACUACUCGUGCUACGAAAUGUAUUAUGUGACAUUUAAUAAUUUUAACUUUUUUGGGAAUUGAGUAAUCUCUUGUUAAUUGCAUGAAUAUUCUGUUUUUAUAAAUUGCGAGUUGUUGGGAGAUUUUAUGGUAGUCAGUUGAACUUAACCUAAAAAAUUUAAGGGGUCGCAAUUACCGGGUUUCUAGGAAGUAAAGGGUAUUCAUGGGACAUUAAAUAGUAUAUAAGGGCAGAGAGCAUGGCUUCAGGUGACGUACAAGGAUCUUUAAAAGAGGCUUUGUAUGAGACUUUAAAUGGAAUACUCUCGGCACAUGGUGACACUCGCCAAGCUGCAGAGCAGAGAGUACAGGCAUUGGAAGUUACAGAAGAAUUUGGAAUUCAUCUAACCGAGUUUGUCGUUGAUCCAAAUGGUCAAUUACCUAUCAGACAGCUGGCUUCUGUCUUACUGAAACAAUAUGUACAGACACAUUGGACUCACCUAUCGGAAAAGUUUCGACCUCCAGAAUUGAAGCUCGGUACAAAAGAGAAAAUCAAAGAGUUAUUACCUCUUGGACUUCGGGAAUCAAUUAGUAAAGUAAGAACUGCAGUGGCUUAUGCGAUAUCAGCAAUAGCGCAUUGGGAUUGGCCAGAAAAUUGGCCAGGUCUCUUCGAUAUACUGGUCAGUUGCUUAAGUGGUGACAGUGAAUUUGCAGUUCAUGGUGCUAUGAGAGUUUUGACAGAGUUCACACGGGAUUUGUCAGACACUCAGCUUCCUAAUGUCGGUCCUGUCAUUCUUCAAGAAAUGUAUCGUAUAUUCCAAAGUGAACAUCAAUAUUCAAUAAGAACUCGAGGACGAGCAGUUGAAAUUUUCACUACUAUCUCAAGUUUAGUUGCUGCAACGGAUGUGUACCAAAAGGGUUUUACCCAGCAGUACUUGCAACCCGUUAUUCCAAUGUUUUGUGAAAAAUUUGUCCAGUGCCUGCGAGUGCCUAAUGGUCCAACAAGUGAUAGCGGUCUUAAAACUGACAUUAUCAAAGCUAUAACUUGUUUGAUCUCCAAACUGCCUAAGUAUGUGACAAACUUUUUACAACAAAUGCUACCACCCAUUUGGGAAACAUUAAUGCAAAGCGCUAAAGUUUAUCAAGAGCAAACGGUAAAUGGUGACGAAGAAGAAGAUGAUAAGGAAGUAGAUUCUGAUGGUGAAAUAAUAAAUUUCAACAAUUUGAUCAUUGCCAUAUUCGAGUUUAUUCACACAUUGCUGGAUUACAAGAGGUUUACAAACAUUUUGGAUAGUUUGUUACAAGAAAUAAUGUAUUACCUGAUCAUAUUCAUGCAAAUCACAGAUGAACAAAUUGAGCUUUGGACGAACAAUCCUAGUCAAUUCGUUGAGGAAGAUGAACAAUAUGUAUCUGCAUAUAAUGUUCGCAUUUCUGCUCAGGAACUCUUACUUGCUCUAGUGAAUCGACCAGAUGGCAUAGCAGUUAACACAUUGUGCGAAGUUAUAAGAAGACACGUUGAAGAGGCAAAUCAUUUACAAGUACCAGGAAAUGGAAGUGGAAGCAAUAACAAAUGGAAACUUUACGAAUCGUCAAUUCUGGCAUUAAGUAUUUGCAAGGAUGCUGUUAUUGAAAAACUUCAAGAAGGAAUACUUCAAUUUGAUCUUGUGAGCUUCCUGGAUAACGUGGUCCUUGCUAGUCUCAAUGAUUCAGGAGCUCAUCCAUUGCUCUUAGGACGUUGUUUGUGCCUCGGUGGAAGAUAUACAAAGCAAAUGCCACCAGAGAUGAGUUCGCGUUUUUUAGAAGCGACAGUAAAUGGCUUGCAGCAGAACCAACCAGCCUGUAUUCGCAUUAGUUCUGUCAAAGCUUUGUAUUGGUUCUGUGAGGCCACUGAGUCUGAAGAUAACACCAUCAAAAAGAUAUUGUGCUCUCACUUACCAAGUACAUUUCAGGGACUUUUUGAUUUGGCUAGUCAAUCCAAUACUGAGGUUCUCUCUCUUGCGAUGGAGACGUUUUCGGUCCUGGUUUCGUUGGAUAAAGGAUUUACUGCCUCUGUGGAGAACAAAAUUUGCCCAUUGACGAUAGCAGUGCUUCUGAAGUUUCACAGUGACCCGGUUAUCUUUUAUAUAUGUAAAAAUAUUUUCAAGGAAUUAACAGAAAAUCCAGAAUGUAUUGGUCCACUGCAAACCAGAUUGAUCCCAACACUCGUUAGUAUGAUGGCUGUAGAUAAACCAAAAGAUGAGGGUUGUCGUGGAGUGGCUCUCGAUGUCCUUCAAGUACUUGUGCAGUACUCACCACAGCCACUGAGUAACGCACUUAUCGACACAGCUUUUCCUGCAGCUUGUCACUGCGUACUCAAUUCCGAGGAUAAUGGAACAUUACAGAAUGGUGGUGAAUUAAUUAGAACAUAUCUCUCUGUUGCAUCUGGCCAAGUCAUCGAACAUAGGGACAACGAAGGCCGUACUGGAAUGCAAUACAUACUUCAAAUAGUGGCUCAACUUCUCAAUCCACAGUCAAGCGAAUUCACAGCCUGUUUUGUGGGUCGGUUAGUGACGACGUUAAUUAGAAAAGCUGGCAGCUCUUUGGGCGAGAAUCUGGAUCUUUUGCUGAAGGCUGUGCUUAGCAAGAUGCAAGGUGCAGGGACUCUCACGGUGAUGCAGAGUCUGUUGAUGGUUUAUGCACAUCUGGUCAAUACUGAAUUUGACGCGGUACUCAAUUUUCUGUCAACCGUACCCGGUCCUACGGGACAAAGUGCCUUGGCUUUCGUCCUCUAUGAAUGGGUCAGCAGACAACACUUAUUUUUCGGAAACUACGAUCGCAAAGUAGCUACGGUAGCUCUUUGUAAAAUCCUAGAACAUGGCGUUACCCACGACGAUUCGAGGAUAAAAGAGAUCACUGUUAAAGGAGAUCAAAUAUUUACAGAACACGAGGACGGUGUGAGGACCCGAAGUAAAUCCCAAACGCAGCCUUAUCAGUGGACCGAAAUACCUGUACUCGUCAAGAUUUUCAAGCUGCUUCUUAAUGAGUUAUCAAACGACCUGGAAAUUAUGAAUGCCGGUCAAGACGAUGAAGACUCUGACGAGGACGAAGACGCAGACGACCAAAACGUACUUGAUCCAGGAAAUGAGACAAAUAUGUUACAUCUCGAAGGUCUUGAAGAAGAAAGCGAAGAAGACGAGGAUCCAGAAAUAUUACAGGACUCGAUCUAUCAUCUAAACUUGAGCCAAUAUUUGCGAGACUUCCUUCUAAACUUUUCCAGUCAUCACUGCUUUCCAGCAUUCGUUGAUCAUUUGAAUAUUUCCGAACGCAAACUUUUGACUACUCUGAUUCCAAUGUAAUUGAAUGCAUCAGCCUUUUUAUUUGUAAGUUUCGUAAUAAAGCAGCCUGCU